AUGUCACUUGAUGGUCACGACAAGAUGUGUGGAUAUCAGAACUCCACAUUCGAUCUGUGCAUAUACGGUGGUCAAGAUACUUACAGUGGUAAAAUAAUGUUUUUAAGAAUUUGGACCACUAAUAGUGACCCAAGAAUUAUUGGUCGUUUUUACUUAGAAUACUUGAUUACCAGCAAAG